AUGCUACCGCUAGUACUUCCCGGAUUACCCCUUACUACCUCACGCCAAUACCUCACGCUAGUACGAGCAUCAGCUCUUUAUUCUCAAGCGCCCGUGACCAUGAAACCGCUCGUGGAAAACGCCCCUGCAAGCGCCCGUGACAAACGACAUGUUUCGUGCGCAAGACGCAUUGUGCGGAGCAAGGAGGGGAAUGGGAAAGAGAAGACAUGGUGGAAAAGGGUGGGAGGAGAUUUUGAUGGUAGAGGGAGAGGAGGGAAGGCGGAAAGAGGAAGGGGGGACAAGCUAGCAGUGAUUGAUACGUAA